UUUGACCAUUUGGUUUUCCGAAUUUCCAUACUGUGAAUGAUUUGUGUCUUAUGCAAACCCUGGGCGUCCAGCGUGUUUCCGAUGGGCAGUUCAUUCCAAAAUAAGACGUAGGUAGAUUGUCUGACUUGGGCUUUGCAACAUCUGACCUUUUUCUGAGCCAGAUCCUCCCCAGAAUUCCCCAUAACAAGCUUCCCUUUGUUCUCAUCUGCAGAAUAAUGUGUAACUGAAAACAAACCCCUCCCCUACCCCCUGACCCAGCGCAGUGCUGUUGUGAUUUCCAUGCCUGCUCAGUGCCCCUUUAAUGGAAGCAAUCUUGUAAAUUAGUCUCCGGCAGGCAGGCCAAGGAAAGGUGUUCUGGGAGAUGAAACCCCCAAGUAACCCAGCUUUGAAUUCAGGAAGAGGUGCCCUCACAACGGCAAGGACAGCGAGUGGUAGUUCUUUACAGCCGGGGGUGUCACCCGACAUGGCACUCGGAUCUGGAGAGGGUAGCAUGUGUAUCUUAAAGAUAUAAUGCCUCCCAGUGGGGGGAGGGGCACCCGUGCUUUGCAGAAUGUCACCCCGUGCGACACAGUCGCGGCAUGUUUUCAGAAUGUCAGUCUGGCAAGAAGCUGCACGAUCAGCCCAGAUUGCUGACACUGGCCUGCAGGCUCAGUCUAAUCCACAGUUACCCAGAAUUCCAGGAGACGGGAACAGGUUGGGACUCUGAGCGCACGCGCACAGGUUGAUUUUGCACAUUCCUCAAAUUCCCCGAUUCCCAUACACCCUUUGAAAAAACGAAGUGAAAACAAACUGUAACACAGCAUAGCACGCUGUCUAGCAGCCAUUGCACAUGCCACCAGUAUCCUGAGCUGGCUAAGGCUGGGUCAUGUGAUCGCCCAGUGGCGGCAUGCAAAGGGGAUAAUGCGGUCAGUUGCAGGUUAAUGUUUUCUUCAUUGAAUCACGGAGGGGAGAGCUGAGGACAGGCGGCUCGCACUAACUGUCACUGGCUUUGAUGAAUCGCACUAUUACACCGCCGAUGACUGUCGUGUGUGAUAUUCCCCCCCCCCAUAAUGCAGGGGCUGAUUUUCCUUUCAAAAAUUGGGAGGGAGGCACUCCUAGGUGACUAUGUAUUUCAAAACCUCAGUCUACAUUAUCAAUCAUGUGGGCAUAAAAUGUUUCUGUUUGACCCAGCACAGAUACAGGCAGACCUCUGAGCAGACUCAGGACCGUGGGGCAAGAGGAACCACAAAACAUUUUUAACUAAUUCAGUGCCCUGCAGAUGUCACCCCCCAGGUGUUUCCUGGGUGACUGGUCUCACAUCUUUGGUGAUGGGUCUCCCAAGUCCGAUUCAGUUUCCUGCUUGCUUAGGAUGCACGCCCUGAUAGGUAACCCCCCCUCCCCCAUUAAGACAUUUGUCAAUAUUAAGCUGAUACCCAAGGACCAGAUGUGGUUUCCUCCGCAUGUUGUCCCAAGGGACAUACAGGGUUUACGGGGAAUUCUGGAAUCCCAGACCGUUGACCUUUUAAUUUGCCUGUUGAAUUGGCCCCGUCAGAAGACCUGGAUCUAUUUCUAGAUUGGAACCGACCUUGCAGUGACCCCAUACCAGGAAUGGCACAUUCUUGUCAUGGUUCUUACUGUCCGAAUUGUACAUUACAAGCACACAGGUCGGCUGCAUGAAUUUAACCUAACAUUUGGCCCCAUUUUGUAACUUGGGAAUGAAUCCAAUGUUUCAGGAUCCAGCGUUCCCCUCCCUCUGAGCUGUCAGUACAGUACAUGGCCCUUGGAAUUACUUUGGCGAUUUUCUGCAAGUCAUUACGCUAAGAGUGUUAUGUGGGGGGUGCCCUUUUCAUAGACUCUGAGUCUGAACACUUCUGAGGUAUGAUGGGGAGUAAUGGACGACAGGGAAAUCUGCUCCAACAGGCUGAGUGAAUUUUGCUUUCUGUGGAGCAGCCAUGAAGGAUCCUGCAGGUCAUUUUGACAAUUUUAUUCACAUAAGGAGCAGGACCGUCAUGACAACAAGCCCACUGAAGGCCUUCACUGUGAGGUGAAGAUGAACAUCCACGUAAACGGGGAGCAUGUGUUUAAUCAGUUCUAUUCAUCGAGUUGGUGGCUCACAUACCUGUUUGGUUGACUUAGAGAGGCUCAAGCACAAUGGAAGAACAUUUUCCUGUACAGGCUCUUUGGUAGUAGGCUAUGUGUGUGGGAGCUACUGGUUGGCAAGGUGUUAGUCAGGGACCUGUUGGCUGGCAGAGUGCUGGUCAACGGCCUGCUGGUUGGCAAGGUAUUGGUCAGUGGCUAAUUAGCAGCAUUUUGGUCAGUGUUGUGUUGAUUGGCGAAGCAUUGUUCAGUGCGCUGUUAGCUGAAAAAAUGUUAAACAGUGGCCUGUUAGCUGGCAGGGUGUUGGUCAGUGGCCUGUUGGUUGGCAGAGUGUUGGUUAGUGGCCUGUUGAUUGGGGCAGUGUUGGUCAGUGGCCUGUUGGUUGGCAGAGUGUUGGUUAGCAGCCUGUUACUUGUAAGGGUGUUGGUCAGUGGCCUUUUGGUUGGCAGAGUGUUGGUUAGUGGCCUGUUGAUUGGGGCAGUGUUGGUCAGUGGCCUGUUGGUUGGCAGAGUGUUGGUUAGCGGCCUGUUACUUGUAAGGGUGUUGGUCAGUGGCCUGUUACUUGUAAGGGUGUUGGUCAGUGGCAUGUUACUUGUAAGGGAGUUGGUCAGUGGCCUGUUACUUGUAAGGGUGUUGGUCAGUGGCCUAUUACUUGUAAGGGUGUUGGUCAGUGGCCUGUUAAUUGUAAGGGUGUUGGUCAGUGGCAUGUUACUUGUAAGGGUGUUGGUCAGUGGCCUGUUACUUGUAAGGGUGUUGGUCAGUGGCCUGUUAAUUGUAAGGGUGUUGGUCAGUGGCAUGUUACUUGUAAGGGUGUUGGUCAGUGGCCUGUUACUUGUAAGGGUGUUUGUCAGUGGCCUGUUAAUUUUAAGGGUGUUAGUCAGUGGCAUGUUACUUGUAAGGGUGUUGGUCAGUGGCCUGUUACCUGUAAGGGUGUUAGUCAGUGGCCUGCUGGUUGGUCAGCUUGAUACUGAAAAUGCAAAAAAACGGCUUCUGUAUAACAUCUGCCAUUUUGUUCAGUUCCACUGAUCUGAUAUUGUUAUACUUGUCUGCUACCCAUCAGAAGCUGUGUAAAUUAGCUAGUGUGUGCGGUUUGCCUACUUCCAAGAAUUUAACGCCUGUGACAUUUGCGUAAGAUGGUACAUUUCCAUAUUUGAUAUCAUAGGAAGGCCCUCCCCAGCAAACAGAAUGCCAGAGAUGCUUGUUUCUUCCAGGUUAGCCAUAGAUAAUUAUAAGCUCUAUGCCCUUACAGAGUCCCUUACGUUUUUGGUGCCACAAUGGAUAGUGCUGUCACCACACUCUGCAGUGUGUGUGGAGUUUGCAUGUUCAUCUUUUGUGUGUGUGUGUGCGUGUGUGUGUGUGUGCAUAUUUAUGCUGGAUCCUCCUGUUUCGUCCCACAGUCCAAAACAUGCAACUUAACUGAACUGGAGUGCCUGAAUUUACUGCGUACAGACACCCCACCUUUCCCAGGAGUUCUGGGAGUCUCCCGCAAAUUGACAGCAGCUCUCUGACACUUGCAAAUGAUGCGAAAUGUCUCGGAAAUCUGUCGUUCCACUAUUCAGCAGCGCUAAAAUUAGCGGGCAAGAAAUCUUACUGCAACUACAACUGUGCCCCAAAUUUUGCUUACGUCCACCCACACCCAUAUAUAUACGGUAUUGUUGUAGUACCAGCCAAGCACUGGCCAGCACCCCCUCCCCCCCUCCUGGAUGACUCUCAUCUGCCUCCCUGAAAUCAAUAUCCCUAAAGUGGGAUGUCUGUGUGUAUGUGAGAGUGUGCAUCCUGCAAUUUGCUGGUGCCCCAUCCAGGGUUAGUUCUUGCCUUGAGCCAAUUGCAAUAUAUAAUGUAUAAAUCUUAUAUUUUAUAUAUGUAUAUAUUGUUUAUAAAGGAUUACUAAU